UGUACUGAAAUGUCGGAGGCGGCUCUCACAUUCUGCUGUCCCGUGUGUCUGGAUGUCCCCAGGGAUCCCGUGACCAUCCCCUGCGGACACAGUUACUGUAUGAGCUGCAUCUCAGGCUGCUGGGAUCAGGAUGACCAGAAGGGGGUCUACAGCUGUCCUCAGUGCAGACAGACCUUCAUGUCAAGACCGGCCCUCAUGAAGAACAGCAUGCUGGCUGAUCUGGUGGAGCACUUCCGGAACAUGUUGCCUGAAGACAGUCUCUGUCACGCCGGACCCGGUGAUGUGCCGUGUGACGUCUGCACAGAGACUAAAUACAAAGCUGUGAAGUUCUGUUUGGUGUGUGUGGUGUCCUUCUGUGAGCUGCACCUGAAGCCUCACAGUGUGUCUCAGGCAUAUAAGGGACAUAAGUUAGUUUCGGCAUCAUGUAAGCUCCAAGAGUUGAUUUGUUCUGCACACAAGAAACCGCUGGAGGUGUUCUGCCAGACAGAUCAACAGUUUGUGUGUUUACUUUGUGUUUUGAAGGAACACAGGGAGCACAACAUCGUGUCACCUGCUGCUGAAAGACAAACCCAACAGAAAGAGUUUGAGGAAAUGCAAAUGAAGACAAAACUGCGGAUUCAGAAACGACAGAGUGAACUGACUGACAUCGGAGCAGCAGUGACGACACUCAAGUUAUCUGCCGAGUCAGCAGUAGCAGAUAUUGAGAGGAUCCGCUCUGAGCUGAUGAACUCAAUUACGUCACAAUGUUCGGAGAUAUCAGAGUUGAUCGGCGCUCAGGAGAAGAUUGGCAUGAGACAGGCGGAGAUAUCUCAGGAGCAGCUGCAGCAGGAGAUUUCGGAGCUUCAACAGAGAGACGCAGACAUGCAGAUGCUUCUCCACACCGAAGAUGAUUUCCUGUUCCUGCAGAAUAUUCCAUCUCUCUCGAAUGCUCCAGUGUGUCAGAAUUCACAGAGAGUUAUUUUGAGUCCUCAUGGAUUAUUUGAUCAUGUGAGGAAGUUAAUCUCGGAGACAAAUCAAAGAAUAAUGGAGUUACUCAAAAAGAAUCACAUGCAGAUAUCCAGGGAAGUUGUAAAAGUUAAGAUUUUCCUGCCUCUUGACCCCAAGACCCGAGAUGAGUUUUUGCAGUAUUCCUGUGAGCUGGCACUGGAUCUCAAAACGGCUCACAACAAUCUCCUCUUCUCUAAAGGAAACACCCGACUGACGUGGGGUCAAGCACAGUCCAAUCCUGAUCAUCCAGAGAGAUUUGACAGCUGGUGGCAGGUCUUAAAUAAGGAGGGUUUGACGGGCUGCUGGUUCUGGGAGGUGGUGUAUAGCGGGACAGUCUUCAUUGCUCUUUCAUACAAGAGUAUUUCCACCAAAGGUCCUGGGACUGAAUGCGGAUUUGGACGCAACGAUCAGUCCUGGAGUUUAUGCUGCACGCCUUCUUAUUACAGUUUCUGGCACAGUAACGUGGAGACUAAACUAUCCGGAUGUCCCGUCUCCUCUCGAGUAGGACUGUAUGUGGAUCAGCGCGCGGGACGUCUGUCCUUCUACAGUGUCUCUGACACAAUGAGCCUCAUCCACAGUGUCCAGACCACAUUCACGCAGCCCCUCUAUCCAGGGUUUGGGUUCAGGAUUGGGUUUUUAGGCUCCAUUCAAAUUUUUCCCAAAGAGUGAGAAAUAAAGAGAUCAUUUUAACAGAUGCAUUCAUUAUAUAUACAGUAUAUAUAUGACCACAUUACACAUUUUACCCCACAUUCGCAUUGCAUCAUUUAUUUUUGGUGCUUUUCAAAUGUCUUUUAUUGUCUAGAUUUGGCUGUUUUAUCCUUUCAAUAUUAAACUAUGAAAAUGCAUGAUAAAAAUAUAAUGAUUACAUGUUUUAAGC